AUGGAUCGUUGGUAUUAUACUAUCAAUCUUCUAAUAUAUCUCUUCUGUUCAUCAGUCUAUGCUUUAAAUGACUGGUCGAAAUUUACAGCACGUGAUAUUUAUCCAAAUGUUGAUAAAACUAAUUGCGUAUUUCCAUUUACAUAUCGGGAUACCCCUUAUAAGGAUUGUACAACUGAUGGAGAUAAUGGAGAUACGCCAUGGUGUGCAUUAAUACCGGACUAUCAAGGUUUAUUUACUUAUUGUUAUGAUUUUUGGAAUUCAAAAUUAACAUGUCUUCCUAAAUUUUCAAUAAAUGGAAAAGAAUUUGAUAAAUGUGAUUAUUUAUCUAAAGGAGCAUUGUACAAACAAUGUAAAACAAAUCAUACUAAGUUUAUAUAUCGUAAUUGUAUAGAAGAAUAUGUUAAAAAAAGUGGAAAACCUUUAGUGCAUCCAAACACAUGCGAUCCGGCUUAUAAAAAUUUGUCUUCUGUGCAUACAAUGUGUAUGGGACCAAGUGAUUUUGCAAUUCAAAUUAAAAUUAAUGAAACCGAAAAACAAGAACUUCUUGACAAACAUAAUGAAUUUCGUGCAUUUGUUCCAUCUAGAUACAUGUUUAGACUCUAUUGGGAUGAUGAAUUAGCUAAACUUGCUCAAGCUCAUGCUAACUUGUGUGCUUUCGAUCAUGAUCUAGCUGUGAAUCGUUUAAGUCCAAAAUUUAAGUGGAAAAAUGGACAAAAUAUGGUUAUGUCAACUGAUAUUCGCAGUUCUUUAGCUAGUCUAUUAGAUACGAUGCUUAGAGAAGAAAGAAACAAUUACAAAUAUGCUGAAGGAUGUUAUAAAAUACCAGGUUCAUGUUUACAUUAUACACAAGCAAUGUUAAGUAAUAUGACACGUGUUGGUUGUGCUCAUACACAUUGUCUUUUUCCUCAUCGUGUUGAACGUCAUUUAACAUGCAAUUAUAUACAUUCACAAUAUACAAACAAUUAUAAAACUCCAUAUGUACCAAGUGGUACUCCUGCUAUUGAUUGUCUAAAAAAAAUACAAUGA